CUAAACUUACCCAUCCAAACAUCAUUUGAUGAUUUCACUCCCCUCAUUCAGUCAAUUUUAAUGUUGUCUUCAUUUUCUUUACCCCACCCAUGAAUAUAAAUACUUUUAUGAUGAUGCAUUUAUUCUGUUAGGAAGGUUGGAGUCUUGCAGAGCUUUUUAAUGUCCGUUGUGUUGUUGCUGCUCCUUAUGUUGUUCCUUACAGUGCCCCUGCAUCAUUUGCACGACAAUUUAGGAAAGAGCUCCCACUUUUGUACAAGUAUCUCCAGGAAGCCCCUGUUGACAAGAUUGGUUGGACAGAUGUUAUCCACUGGAUGUGGCCACUUUUUACUGAGGAAUGGGGAUCAUGGAGAAGUCAUGACCUAAAGCUGAGUUCCUGUCCUUUUACGGAUCCAGUAACAGGUCUUCCAACAUGGCAUUACCGGCCACCUUCUCCCUUGCUAUUGUAUGGAUUUUCCAAAGAAGUUGUGGAGUGCCCUGGUUACUGGCCAUCAAGAGUUCAGGUUUGUGGCUUUUGGUUUCUCCCCCCUGAGUGGCAUUUCUCGUGUAACAAAUGUGUGGAGGGAUCUGCAUUAGCUUCAACAGAGUUGACACCAGAAAGUGGGCUGUGUUUGGCUCACGCCAGAUUGCAGUAUUUCUUGAGUACUUAUGGGCAAGAACCACCUCUUUUCAUAAGUCUCAGUUCUGUUGGAAGCAUGGGUUUUAUGAAGGACCCUGGGGCAUUUCUUCGGGUGCUUGAACAUGUUUUGGACAUCACAAGUUACAGAUUUAUUCUGUUGGCAGCUGGAUAUCAACCUUUAGAGGAUGCAAUCCAACUGCAUGCUCAUGGAGCAUCUUCUGGUUCAGAGCAAACACCAUGCAAUGAUGAUGGUGUUUUUCUUUUUGGUGGCCGUGUUCUCUCUUUACCCGGUUCUAUACCAUAUACCUGGCUGUUACCAAGAUGUGCUGCUGCAAUCCAUCACGGGGGCAGCGGAUCCACUGCCGCUGCACUACUCGCUGGAAUUCCUCAGGUGAUAUGUCCAUUCAUGCUGGAUCAGUUUUAUUGGGCAGAGAGGAUGUUUUGGCUUGGUGUUGCUGCAGAGCCAUUAAAAAGAGAGCUAUUGGUACCACACAUUACAGAUGGCAACGGUUUAGAAGGAGCCAAAAUGCUUGCAAAUGCCAUAAACUUUGCUCUUGCUUCUCACGUUAAAGCGCGCGCAUCAGAGUUUGCAACUGCACUAUCUACCGAGGAUGGUGUUUCGGAAGCCGUGAAGAAUUUGAAGGAAGAGCUUGGAGGCUCUACUUGAACCACUACACUUUGGCUUUGGUGAAGUGUUGGAGGUCUUCUACUAGCAGAUAGUAUAAUAUAUACUCCAUAAUGUUCUUGGGGUAUCUUUGUAAUACUCGAUCUGUCUUAUAUCUUUAUUCUCAUUAUCUUUUUUGGACAUUCUCAUUGUUUCUUUUUGGGCAUUCUCAUUUUUU